AUGACUCUCCAAGCGGCGGUUUGCUCCGCCAGACAGCUCCCUCGCUUUUCGCUUCUCACAGCUUCGUUCCGCAACAUCUCUCUACAGUCAGCCCGUCCUUUCUCCACGACCAUCCCGGCACAGAAAACAGUUACUCUACCCUCCGAGAUCCCUCCAUACCCCUAUGGCCCGAGACUCACUUUCAAGCAGGCCGACAGAGGCUUGUACGGCGGGUCGACGAUAAUGUUCGGAAACAAAGUCUCCAAAGGCCGGAAUAAGGGAAAGACACGAAGGAUCUGGAAGCCCAAUGUGCGGAAAGAGAAGAUCUACAGCAAAGCCCUGGACGAAGAGAUAGAGGUCAGGGUGACUCACGGCGUCCUGCGCACUAUUAAUAAGGUGGGAGGACUGGACGAAUACCUCCUUGGCGACAAACCUGCCAGAAUAAAGGAGUUGGGCCUGUUUGGCUGGAAGCUACGGUGGAGAGUGAUGACUUCGUUGGCCAUGAAGGAGAAGUUUCAGCUUGAGAGACAGGAGUUGGGGUUGCAGGAGCCAGAGACGUUUGAACAAUUCCUUGCACGACAUUCGGAUAAGGAACAGAACGAAGCCGCCAAUUCCCACAACUUGAAACGGCAACAGGAUGCACACGAUGCGGCCACCCCUAUGACCGUUCAAUUCGUGGACGGAGAGCCAACGACACCUGAGUUGAAGACGAACCUUGCCUAG